UAAAAAUAUUAUCAUAAAGCAUUUGCUUCUACUAUAAAUAGAUCUUCUCUUGAUCAAAGCUCUUCACUCACCAAAGCAUCAAAUACAUUUUACUUCUCUUCUAUUUCUCUUUAUAUCUAUCAUCUUUAGCUUGUCGUUUGGAAAUGGCCACCGUUGAGGUUGAACAAGUGAUUGCUCCAGCAGCAGAGAACGUUGAGGUGGCAGCAAAGGCAGUGGUGGAUCCAGAUGUGGAGACCAAACAGCCGGAAGAAGUCGUGGCCGCCACGACAGAAUCUGCUGCUGCUCCAGCCGCCGUAACUGAACAAGAAUCUGAAUCACCAGUCGUAGAAACGAGCAAAGAAGUGGUUGUUGAAGAGGCAGAUAAAAAAGAUGAAGAAAUAAAAGAGCCACAGGAAGAAGAGAAGACGGAAGCUCCGGUGGCUGAGGAGGAGGCGAAGAUAGAAAAGAAGGAGGAGGUGACUGAAACUCCGGCUGUUGUGGAGGAGGAGAAGACUGAGUCAGAGGAAGUUGUCGCUGCUGGGGAAGUCGCCGCCGAGAAGGCCGAGGAGUAAAGAUGAAGAAACAAUAUGUGACCUUCUUUGGUCUCAUUUCGUUGUUUUAAAAAGAUUACUUCGCAAAAUUUCAUAAGUAUUGUCUAUCGUGUGUUAUGAUGAAAUGAUAUUUGGUUAUGAUGAAAUGAUAUAUUUGGGAGUUCUGAUGGUUGUUAA